AAGGUAGGUUGAAGAAUGAAUAUUCUAAGAGGCAAUUGUGACAAGAGAAACUGACAAGUUAACUACAAUUAUUUGCUUUCUAUAAAGCAAAUUGGAAAAAUAAAGAGAGAAGCGUUUCUUUCUACAAUUAUUAGCUUUAUAAUAUUUCUUCACUGCCCACAGUAAUUGUCCUCGCAUUACGCUUCUGCAAUUGCAAAUUUGCAAUGGCUUCUUCUUCAUCUCAUGCGAUCAUCACUACAUAUGAUGUGUUUGUCAGCUUCCGCGGUGAAGACACGCGCAACAACUUCACUGCUUUUCUCUUUGAGUCUCUCUUUGAAAAUAGCAUCCAUGCCUUCAAAGAUGAUACACAUCUUCAGAAAGGCGAAUCCAUAGGCAUAGCACCCGAGCUGCUACAGGCCAUUCAAGAGUCUCGCCUUUUCCUUGUGGUCUUCUCUAAGAACUAUGCUUCCUCAACUUGGUGUUUGCGUGAACUUGCACACAUCUGCAACUGCACCAUUGAAGCAUCGCCGAGUCGUGUUCUUCCAAUUUUCUAUGAUGUUGAUCCAUCAUAGGUGGGGAAACAGAGUGGUUAUUAUGGGAAACAGAGUGGUUAUUAAUGUUGUAAGAUUUCGAUUACCAUAUGUAAUAUUCUAUGAAUUUUAAUUGUAGAUUAAACGUGGAUGAAAGGUUUAUGUUGAAUAAUUUUUUAGUGUGUA